UCUGAGCAGCAGUGAACCCGUGUAGAGUAUGUUCAGAAUCUCUGGGGUGAACGCAGUAGACGACCUUUGUAUGUUAUGAGUUUGCUGAGAUAAUACUGGAAUGCAUUGAAUAAGCAGUGUGCUUUAUAUGUGAGAUCAUUCUCCAUAUUCUUUUUACACAGGAAAUCCCUUAUUCGUCUUGUUUUUAUAUAUUAAUGUGUAGGCAAUAUAUUACUUUCAUGUAAUGAUCAAAACAAACAUUUCCUAGUUGUCUGUCAAUACUAGAGAGAGAAAGUCAGACAGAAAGAGAGGGAGAGAGAGUUGUGUGCGUGUGUGUAUGAGUUAUUGGUGUGUCUUGUUUGGGGGUAGAGACCGGAGACGCUGCUCGUACGUAAUCAGAUGAAGUGGAAACUUCAUGCACAUCUGGUCCUGGCUGGCUUAGGGCUACGGCACGCAGCGGUCUGAGCACUGAGACAUAUCAGCUGCACUGAACUGGCAUAUACUCUGAAGCGGUUAGGCUUCAUUACACAAGGAAUUGUCGUGUUGGAAUUACUCUGCGUUUCAGCAAGAUGUAGCCGAGCUUCGUGGGCGCCUGGUGCAUGGUGACGCAACGCGUCAAAUCACCAAAUCAGGUGGAGUGACGACUAUUGCGGCAACAGUGUCCGGUCUUGGAAGAUAACGGUUUGGUGUGCACACCGGUUCUCGUUACUAUGUGUCACGAUUUACAAUGACAACGAAACGAAAGUCCGCAAAACUACAGCUCCGGCGGUCAAUCAGCGAGCAGCUGCGCGACUCCACAUCUAAGGCUUGGGAUUUACUGUGGAGAAAUGUCAGAGAGAGACGACUUGCAGAAAUCGAAGCAAAGGAAGCAUGCGAUUGGUUGAGGGCCGCAGGGUUCCCACAAUAUGCCCAGCUAUAUGAAGACACCCAGUUUCCAAUCGACAUAUUGGCUGUGAAGAGGGACCACGACUUCCUGGACAAAGACCUGGUGGAGCCUCUGUGCCGGCGGCUCAACACGCUGAACAAGUGUGCCUCCAUGAAACUGGAUGUCAGCCCUCCCAAGAAGAGAAGUGAAGACUCGGAUGAGGACGACGUGCUGGCAAUCAGCAACCGAUGGACGUUUGAGUGGAGCAGCCGUCGCUGGUCCCGCCUGCAGGACAUCGACCAGUUCCUGGGCAGCGACCCGCAGCGGCGGAGCCUGUCCGACAUGGGCGAGGACAGCGGCAGUGGCGGUGUGGGCUCGGGCCUGCGGCCCACGGUGAGCAGCGAGAGCGUCCUGACGGACCUGAGCGAGCCCGAGGUGUGCUCGCUGCACAGUGAGGACUCGGCCUCCCUGCUCAUGCCCGACUCGUUCUCCCUGGCUCCGUCGCCGGGCGCGCACACACAGUCGCAGCGCUUGCCGGGCGACUUCCCGCAUUACCACUCCCUGCCGGCUAAGGUCGGCAGCGGCGGUGGCGGGGGCGGUCGUCACGGGCGCACGAAGGCCAAGGAUUUCCUGCGGCGCAUGGAGACGCUGCGCUCGUGGGGCAGCUCCCUGGGCCGGCCCGACCGUCGCUCGCUGGUCAUCAGUGGGCCAGUGCUGCAGAGUGAGCCCGACGCACUCCGGACGCUGCGCUGUGUGCAGAUCGCCAACGGAGAGUCCCUCCCCAUCCCCCCGCUGUACAGCACGUUACCACGGCUCAGGCACAGCACGCAGGUUAAUGGCUGCGCAGCUACGCUAACUCUUGAUGACGGGGGGGUUAGCCGAUCGGAGAGCACCGCCGGCGGUGCGGAUAGCGCGGCCAUCUCCGAGGACAUUGUUGGAGAACUGCAGUCCAAACAGAUGGACCUGCUCAGUAAGCGUGGGGGUAUUUACCUAGAGGGUAUGGAUGUGCUUACAAGUGGACCUGAAACUGAACGAACUGACAACCUGAACAACACCAGCACUAACACCAACAACAGCACUAACACUGAUGCUAUCACUGACACUAAAACCAACACUAGGACGCCCACCACCUCCAACAGACCCGUUGCGCAGAGCCGCAGGACUCAGUUCCGCUCCUACGAUGACCUGGUGGUGCACGUGCCCAAAGACCAUAAGCCGGGCACCUUCCCCAAAGCUCUGUCCAUUGAGAGCCUGGCACCCGCCAGUUGCGAGACAGGGAACUGGAGGGCCGGCGAAACACAGACGCGGGGAGGAGGGGGGCGGCCUGGCACCAGCCGGACGGCCACCCGCUGCUGCCCCCACGGCAGCCGCAUCAGUGUCUACGACAACGUGCCCGGUUCCCACCUGUACGCCAGCACCGGCGACCUGCUGGACUUGGAGAAGGAGGACCUCUUCCCCCACCUGGACGAUAUCCUGCAGCACGUCAACGGCCUGCAGCAGAUCGUCGACCACUGGUCCAGAAACGUGCUGCCUCCCGACGGGGAGGGGGAGGGGGCAGGAGAGGGUCACCUGGAGGAGGAGGAGGAUGAGGAGGGGGAAGGGGAGGGCACUGUGAUGAAAGGGGUGGGGUCUGCGAGCCAGAUCACACUGGAUAUUGAGGGACUGGCCACGGCCAGCGAUGGAGAGCGGGACGGAGUGUCGUUGAAUGACACAGACUCCACCAGCACGCGAGAGAGAAGGGACUCGGGAGUAGGGGCUUCGCUAACGAGACCCAGACUAAGGUGGCCCAGCUUCAGGAUAUCAAACCGCCUCAGCCAAGCAGGGGUCUCCCUGCAGAUUAAUAGCCAAUCAGCAGGCCAGCUUAGCCUGUUACAGAAAUUCUCCUUGUUACGCCUCACUGCCAUCAUGGAGAAAUAUUCAAUGUCUAACAAACAUGGAUGGACGUGGUCUGUGCCAAAGUUUAUGAAGCGGAUGAAGGGCCCGGAGUAUAAGGAGAAGGCGGUGUUCGGCGUGCCGCUGGUAGUGCAGGUGCAGCGCCAUGGCCAGCCCCUGCCGCUCUGCAUACAGCUGGCGCUGCGCUUCCUCAGGAGCCAGUGCCUGGACCAGGUGGGCCUGUUCCGUAAGUCAGGUGCGAAGUCUCGCAUCCUGGCUCUGAGGCAGAUGUGUGAGACGUCUCCAGAUGCGGUGGACUACGAGGACCAGUCAGCGUAUGACGUGGCAGACAUGGUGAAGCAGUUCUUCAGGGACCUGCCUGAGCCGCUGCUCACCAGCAAGAUGGGCGAGACGUUCCUGCACAUUUACCAGUAUGUCCCUAAAGAACAGCGUUUGCAGGCAGUGCAGGCUGCCAUCAUGCUAAUGGCAGAUGAAAGUCGUGAGGUGCUGCAGACACUCCUGUGCUUUCUCAGCGAUGUCACUUCCUCUGUGGAGGAGAACCAGAUGACCCCCAUGAACCUGGCUGUGUGUUUGGCCCCCUCGCUCUUUCACCUCAACAUCAUGAAAAACGACAACCUGUCACCCAGGUCCAUCCAAAAGAAGUACGCCACUGGACGGCCUGACCAGAAAGACCUCAAUGAGAACCUGGCUGCCACUCAAGGCCUUUCCCACAUGAUCAUGGAGUGCAACAGUCUCUUUGAGAUCCCCCAGGAGAUGGUGGCCCAGUCAAGGAACUCGUAUGUGGAGGCUGAGCUUUUGGCGCCCCCUCUAGAUGAGGUGUUUAAACAGCAGCAGCAUCAGCAGCAUCAGCAGCAGCAGCAGCAGCUCCAAGAGGAGGAAGAGGAGGACAUGGAGGAAGAGGGAUCGUAUCAUUCUCAGGUGGAAAGGCUGAUCCAGAGCCUGCUGAAAGAAUCACGGGACAAGACCAAGGGCUGGGUGAGCCGGUCGAGCAUGGACAAUACGGAACUGGCCUUCAGGAAGGUAGGGGAUGGGACCCCGUUGCGGAGAUGGCGUGUGUCUGUAGAGGUGGAGGCCCCUCCCUCAGUAGUACUGAACCGCAUUCUACGAGAGCGCCACCUGUGGGACAGUGACCUGCUGCAGUGGAAGGUUCUGGAAACGCUGGACAAGCAGACAGAGGUGUACCAGUAUGCACUCAAUAGCAUGGCUCCUCACCCUAGCAGGGACUUUGUGGUUCUCCGGUCAUGGAGGACAGAUAUGCAAAAGGGUGUCUGUACACUUGUGGCCAUCUCUGUAGAUCACGAAGACAGUCCACCCAUGGGUGGAGUCCGAGGAGUGGUUCUGGAGUCACAGUACCUGCUGGAACCGUGUGGGUCGGGGAAGUCCAGACUUACCCAUAUCUGCAGGAUUGAUCUCAAAGGACUGUCCCCAGAAUGGUAUAACAAAGCCUUUGGUCACCUCUGCUCUGCUGAAGCAGCCCGCAUCCGCGACUCCUUCCAGAGUCAGGACUCUGACGGGCCCGAAACCAAGAUAUGAAACUUGACGCCACUACCGGCACGUGCCAAACCGAGGACUGCGGGAGGACUGAGUCCAGGGCAUUGGCUGGGACAGGAACUUAAAAAUAGGAGCGUGAAUGUCGUCAUGGAAUGGAAGACGACAAAACAAGCACUGGUUUGACUUGACAAUGGUCUAACUGCCAGACUUCCUACAGUUUUGAUUAAUCUGCAGACACCAUUUAGUCCUCAUCUGCAUAAUUUCUGGCACAGCCACCUAGUGGUAUGUGCGGGUCUUGCAGCCAUUGUUAAACAGCAUGGUUUCACAUUAAAUAUGUGUAAAUCAUAACUGCAGUGAGAUCAAUAGUGGAAUGAAUAAAAAAAAAUACGAAAACCACAAUCAUGCAAAAACAUUUAGGAACGCAUCAGGCAAUUACGUAGACCUACUUAAGACUGAAUGAUAUUCUGCCAAUGGGAUAAACCAAAUUAUUAUGGCUCUUAACAGCAUGAAAGAACGUAUCGCUAUGUUCAUUUGUGACUCAGUUUAAACUAACGACGCGUGUUGUACUUUUGUAUGAACCGGCAGUUCUAGUGCUGUGAUUUUGCCUAAUGCUGAGCAUUUGAAGUUUUUGACUGCUUAAUGCACAUUUCUGUGGCUUGGGAAAGUAAUGACCAAUAGCUUUAAUAAGUUUAAUAUUACAUUAGUCUUUUUAUGACAUCUGUAUUGCUUCUGCUGUCGGUUGCGAUUAUAGUAAUAUUUUGUGUCAGAUGCAAUAUCAAUAAUGCAGCCUUAUGGGGGGGAGCUGUUGCCAUUUUCAACAAAUUGUUUUUGUUUCUUUUAUUUGUAUUUUUAUGAAAAUACUGUCUUGAAUGUGAUGUGUUGAUAUUGACAAUAGAGCUCACAUAAAUCCAUUCAGCUCAGUAUAAAUAUGCUAACAGUAACUUCUAUGGGACGAAGGCUUUGAAGUGAGAUCAAGUGAAUAGUAUCCAUGAGGGACUUAUGGAACAGUACAAUUACCAUAAUAUGUUCAUAUGUCAAUACAUUACCACUGCCAAGAGAGAAAUAUGUUGCAAGUAAUUGUUAUUAUUAUUAUAAAUGUUGUUGCACCACUGUUGUGUCUCUCUACAAUGUCUAGGACAUUUAACCAUUUCACUGCUUCUGGGAAGCAUUUACAUUUAUUAAUUUCUUCCAAUAUAUUGAUAUAUAGAGAGAUAAAUAUGAGACUGCGAGUCUGUAUGUAUAUGUGCGUGUGUUUCUGUGUCUAGAUACCUGUUGUCAUUUUUGUAUAUAUGUUGUAAAUAUGCCAUGCUUACUGACAGAUUCAACUGCUUCAUGCCCAGAAUGACUGCGCGUUGAUGUUGAUACAUUUUUGAAUGGUGUUGUAUGUAUAAAUCUCCAAUACCAAACUAUAGGCUGGUGCUGUGGUACCAGAUUGUUGUCUGAUCCAGGUGUGUGACAGGGAGCCUGCGACCUACAGGUAAGGUGCCAAGGGCUCCGAACAUGUGUGAUGAGCGGAAACAACAGGGUGUCUGACCAGAACAGUUUCUACUGAGGGGGAGGACGAAAAACCCUCUAACUUGAUUAAACUGUGUCAGAAACUCUUUCUUCUUCUUCUGGUUUGUGUGCUUUCUCUUUAGGCCCCACACUGCUUAUCUUCCAACACUAGAUGUCAGUAAGGAAACACAGAAUUGUUGGGAGAGUUUCAGAGUUUGGAGGUUGUCUGUGCCAUCUGGCAUUGUGCUUUUGUGAACAGAACAAAAGGAUCAAUGAGCGUCCAGGGAAUUUUAAAUGCUCUUGAAAAAAGAAAAGAAAAAAUACAAUACCUUGUCCAAUACUUCAGAGCGAGCGCAUACCUAAUGCGUCCCCCCAGAACAACUGAUCAAUAUUCAUUUGUGACGGCGUGUCUAAAUCAGAAGAGUCUUGCGCUGCAGAGGACACUCUCUACUGUCAGUUCAUCUUUAUUUGACUUAAUGAGCUGACAGCUGGCCCGUGUCCUCUACUUGGGACUCUGCGUGAUGUCUGUCCACAGUAAAGCGGCCACAGCCGACCGUGCAAUACAUUUACCCCAUCCCACGCCCCCCUCUGGGCUUUCUCUAGGUGUCUUGUAAUGUGCUAUUCUCUUGGCCUGAAUGACUUUCAGUUUGGAUCUUCUGUGGUGCUUUUUGACAUAUGUUUUGAGCCCAUUAGAAUAAAGGCUUUUUAAAAAACGAA